AUUAUGGGGGGCGGUGGACACGGACAUGGACACGAUCCCUACACAAUCCCCGAUUAUAAAAUAUACAAAGUAGAAGAGGUACCACAACUUUUGGCGACCAAAAAAGCCCUGGCUGCACAAGGUUUAAAAGACCCUUGGCUACGUAAUGAAGUAUGGAGGUACAAUCCCAAAGAGUUUGGAACACAUGCGUCCAGACUUCAUACACUAGUUUUCAGAGGCUUUAAAGUUGGCUUUGGAGCUUUUGUUUUAACUAUUGUAGGCACCGCUAUUUAUGAUAAAGUGUUCCCCAGUGACCAUGGUCAUGGACACCAUUAAUAUGUAUAUAGAUUUAUGUAGGAAUAUUGUAAUGUUUUAUUAAAAUUUAUUUA